AUGAGGGCCUGCUUAGUUUUCCUUUGUUUGCUGGCAACAACACAUGCUCUGUCUGUUAAAAGUAAACCUCAUGGAAAACAUCAUGGAUUGCAUAAGACUUCACACACAGCCAAAGAAAAGGACGUUAUCACAGAGGAGGCCAACAAGCCACAGGUCUUACCAACUUUAGUCACAUUUGAGGCCAGCAGCCAGGAGCAGGAAGAUGAGGAGUUGAGCUCAGAGGACAAUGCAACCACUAACAAGGAGGAUGGGGAGUUUGAGGUGACUGAACGGAGAGACAAAAGCACUGCAGUCCUGCUGAGUGAGGAGGAGCUGGUAGACCUGCUGAAAAAAGAGGCAGAAGAGGAAGAAGUGGAAGAAAGAGAGCUGGAGGAAGAAGAAGUGGAGGUGGACAAAGGCAAGGUGGAGUCUGGUGAGGCUGUGGAGAUUAGUGAGGACGAGGAAGCUGGGGGGGAGGAGAAGAAGUUGGGAGACAACUCGCAAAUGGAGAAAAAUACUAAAGGAGUGAUAGAUGAGGGGGAGAUGAGGGAAGAGAGUGUGGAAGAUGAAGUAGAUGUGGAGGCGGAGAGGAUGUCCCAUAAGGACAAGAGGGAGUCUGUUGGCAAAAUGGCUGGCAGAGAAGAGCAAAUGGCACUGCCAGAGGAAACAGAUGGCAGCACAGAGUCCGAUAUCCCAGUUGAUCUCGACUACGCUGCUGAUAGUGGCAUCUUACAACCUCUGCAGAUAAUAUCAGCUAAGCUAAAACCCCACACUGAUGACACCCAGCCUCUUUCAAAAAAAGAUGUUCCAGAUGUUAAAGAGAAAGAGGUCAGUGAGAAAGAACUGCCCAUCAUCGAUGAAGACUAUGAGCAAGACAUACAAAACACUGAGGCAGCGGACAGCGAGGAGGUGUCUGAUCAGGACAAGCUGCAAGAAGACGAAAACGACAAAGACUCACAAGCUAAAUCUAAAGAAAUGGAUCAGGAAAUGCAGCCUCAAGAGCCAAAGAGCGGUAGGGAGCUUGAAGCAGAGUCCCGAGUGGCUGGAAAGGAGGAAGAGAAAAGUAAGAAUGACAGUGGAAGUCACACCAAGGGAAAGACAAGGAAGCAGAAGAAGAACCAGAGGACAAGGAAGCACUCUCCGCAGAGAGAGGAAUCACAGUCUGGACAAGAACUGAGCCAACAGGAUCCUCAGGAUUCUGAGAGCAGCAGCAUUGACAAUACAGUGCACAAGGCAAAGAGGAGAAGGGCAGGAAAAUGGGGUCCUUUGGUAGGAAUGAAUCCAGUGCAGAUAAGAGCCACGGUGGAUCUCUACCCCAGUUCCAGGCCCUCUCUUGGUGGAAGCAUACAUCACCCAGAAGCCCCUGCUGACCCAUGUGACAAUUUCCGCUGCAAACGUGGAAAGACGUGUAAACUUGACGCAGACAAUAAGCCAGGCUGUGUGUGUCAAGAGCCGUCACAAUGUCCUCCCAGUGUGAAUGAGUUUGAUCAUGUUUGUGGGACAGACAACAAAACAUAUGAUACGUCAUGUGAACUCUUUGCCACUAAAUGCAACCUGGAGGGCACCAAGAAAGGUCACAGACUUCACCUGGACUACACUGGGCCAUGCAAAUUAAUUCCUCCAUGUGUGGACUCUGAGCUGGUCCAGUUCCCUCUACGAAUGAGGGAUUGGCUGAAAAAUGUGCUGCUGCAGCUCUAUGAGCAUGACUCCAUGUCCCCUGGCUUCCUCACUCCUAAACAGCGAUUUAGAGUGAAGAAAAUCUUUGAGAGCGAGAGGCGUCUCCAUGCUGGUGAUCACUCUGUUGAGCUUCUCGCACAGGACUUCGAGAAGAACUACAACAUGUACAUCUACCCAGUACACUGGCAGUUUGCUCAACUGGACCAACACCCCUCUGACAGAUUCUUGUCCCACUCAGAGCUGGCCCCACUCAGAGUCCCUCUGGUGCCCAUGGAGCACUGCACCUCCCGCUUCUUCCAGGAGUGUGAUGCUGACAAGGACAAGCAGGUGUCCUUUAAAGAGUGGACCUCCUGUUUUGGUAUCAAGAAUGAGGAUAUGGAUGUCAACCUACUUUUCUGA